AUGAUUUUAUAUUCAGCUAUUACAAAAGGAUCUCUUAUUUUAUGUGAAUACACUUAAUCAAAUGAAGAUUUCUCCUAAUUAAUUUCAAAAUAGCUCAAAUUCAUAAAAAAUAAAGAAGAGAAAUAACAAUUUAAAAUUGUAUUUUAAUGUUUCUAUUUACACCUAGAAUUAAUAAAUAAUGUAUCUUCUGCAAAAUAACCAAUAUAAUUUUAUGUGUGUUAUGCAAAUUACUCAAAAAAAUGAAGUUUAAGAUUAAUCAAUAUUUGCUUAUAGUUUUCUUAAAGACAUCUCAGAAAGAUUUUAAUUAAUGACUCAAUGUAAAUAUUUAAUUUAAAAUGAGCUGAAGGAAUAGACAAGGGAUAAUUCACAAAAGUUAUUGCAGAAAUAAUGAGUUAAUACAAUUAAAAAACUGAAAAUGCUAUAGAAGAAUAGAAACUUUAAAUUAAAGAGUAUAUAAUAAUAUAUUUCUAGAAUAUAAAAUCAAUAAGAAUUGAAAUUAAAACAAGUUUUUUAGAAGACUUAAGGUAUUUAAAAAAAUGAUAAUUUCGGUUAUAGUGUAAAUACAUGUAAAUCAAUCUUUUUUGUUAUUAAUCUAUUCCUUGCUGGAAUACUUGUUGAAUUAUUUACUAAAUUUGAUAAAUAUUUAUGA